AUGGUUCUGACACCUGUUGCAGAGUUGAUACUACACACUUCCACUGCAGCAGUAAUGAGAGACGACCUAGGUAGAUUGAUUCCUGAGCAGGAAAGAGGUGAGAAGUCACGUGAACCAAUUUCACGAAUAAAUCUAUCUUCUCUCGUUUCUCUCCAAGCUCCACAUUCUACCCCUCCUAGGGCCAUGAUUCUCUACUUAUUAGUAGAUGAGGCAUAUUUGGGAAGGGAAAGAAAGGCUCCGGUCUGGUUGCGGCGGUGGCUGUCUGAGCAGGAAAGAAGAAAGAUCUGGAAUCAGCAUUACGGGCAGAUUAGAUUACCCUCACUAGAAGAUUGUAAUAAAAACCUAGAUAGGAGUAAGGGUAGGAUUGUAGAUAGCAAAACUAAAUGCGAUUAUAAGGUCCACACGGAAGUUGUACUAACAGCAUCACAGCCUACCGCGCUUCAUAACUGCAAAAGAAAAAAUCAGUAUAGAGGCUCCCUGCCUAGUCUGCUCAUCAAAGACAUCCAAGACGCCCGUACUGAAGCGAGUUGUCCACUAGCAAUCUACCAUUACUUCUUGAAGAUGAAGUCCUCACCCUGGGGCCUUGAUGCUGAUAAUCCUAUAGCCCGGGAAUCCUGCCCGCCAAUGGUCAACACUAGUAGAAAGCACCUAAAAGACACGACCAAGUCCAAGAAAGCAGGCGCCGAUGUAGGAAAACAAUUAGACGAUAGCUGCCAAAAAUUCCUUCGACUUUUUAGUGAUUCGCAGAAGCAAAAGAAGAGUACCAACCCCCAGAAAGUACAGCUCAUAUCCUACGGAAUCUUACCGGAUGAUACAGGACAAGGAAAUGGUAGAUUUAACCUGCCAAACCUCCGGGUUAAAAAAUAUUAA